GAUAAUCUUUUUGAGAACUGGUUUUGGUUUCGGUAUCCAGUCAUCACAGUAGAAGUCAAGUUACGUAGGCCUGUUGGUACAGUUUUUUCGGUCUUCGGUGGCCCAAUCUAUUUGGUGUCAAGGAGUCCAGCGAACUAUUCGGUCAAACUAUUUGGCGUCUAUGAGUAUCCAUAUUACGACCAACGCAGCGAAAAGUCGAAGGAAGUGUGGGAAUCUGGAAAAUGGCUCGAUUACACGAUUCCAUUCAUGGAGUUUAGUGCAGAUACGUGGUCAUUCUGUGUGGAAACCAAACUGUUUCGCAAUAGCUCAGCCUUGGAUAUGUAUUUGAGAACGACAGCUGGUUUUGAUCGUAUCGGCAAGACAAUGACAAACUUUGUUGGCAUGCAUUAUAAUGAAAGCCGCAUUAUGAAGAUGAGCUUUGACGUACAAAUCUCAGUUGGUGCUGCCCAUGCUGGCUAUCCGAUAAUGGCUCAUCUCUAUUGGCAAGAUGACUUAGUCAACAUCAACAAAACCAUGACAACAAAUAUCUGGGGCUACUGUCACGAGUUUGGGCACAACUUGCAACGACCAUGGUAUAUGCUUGAACAAUGUCUAGAGGUAACAAACAAUAUCAUGUGCCUUGUGGCCUACAACUACGUCCUAAAUAUGUCGCAGUUCGAAUUGGGCAAGGGCAUUGUGAUGAGUCGACUGGAUGCCAUUGUUAACUGGUGGAACAGCAAUGGAACAUACCCGGAUUGGUCUAAUAUGGGAGAAAUGUACUACGCCUACAUCGGUACAACCAUGGGCAUUGCGGCAGUCGGUAACACUUGGCGGGCGUAUGAGCUGCAUCCAGAAAUUCGAGAAAGGCGUGGUUUUGAUCUUACCACUGUGGGGAUUUUCAUUCAACAUGGAAACUAUUAA